CGCGCUCCAGGAGGCGGGGCAAAGCGUGGCUUCUGAAGCUCCACCUCCCCGCUACGCCAUUAAGGUUUUGCGCUUGAGCGGCGGAAUAGUUUAGGUCUUUCGGCCGGUGGCUGGGUCCGGGAUGGCUUCGGACUCCGGGGACCGCGGGACCGCCUGCACGUUGGAGUUCACAGUGCAGAUGACCUGUCAGAGCUGCGUGGACGCCGUGCGCACGUCCCUGCAAGGGGUGGCAGGUGUCCAGAGUGUGGAAGUGCAGCUGGAGAACCAGAUGGUCCUGGUGCAGACCACGCUGCCCAGCCAAGAGGUGCAGGCCCUUCUGGAAGGCACAGGGCGGCAGGCAGUGCUCAAGGGCAUGGGGAGUGGCCUGUUGCAGAAUCUGGGGGCAGCAGUUGCCAUUCUGGAGGGCCCUGGUCCUGUGCAAGGGGUGGUGCGCUUCCUGCAGCUGAGCCCUGAACGCUGCCUCAUCGAGGGGACCAUUGAUGGCCUGGAGCCUGGGCUGCAUGGACUCCACGUCCAUCAGUUUGGGGACCUCACGGGGAGCUGCGACAGCUGUGGGGACCAUUUUAACCCUGAUGGAGCAUCUCACGGGGGCCCUCAGGACUCUGACCGGCACCGUGGAGACCUGGGGAACGUGCACGCUGAUGCUGACGGCCGAGCCAGCUUCAGGAUAGAGGACGAGCAGCUGAAGGUAUGGGAUGUGAUCGGCCGAAGCCUGGUCAUCGACGAGGGAGAAGAUGACCUGGGCCGGGGUGGCCAUCCCUUAUCCAAGGUCACGGGGAACUCAGGAGAGAGGUUGGCUUGUGGCAUCAUCGCACGCUCUGCUGGCCUCUUCCAGAACCCCAAGCAGAUCUGCUCCUGUGAUGGCCUCACCAUCUGGGAGGAGCGAGGCCGGCCUAUUGCUGGUGAGGGACGGAAGGAGCUCGCCAAGCCGCCUGCCCACCUCUGAGCACAGCCUCAGCCCUGGGGUGGGGGCUGUUCUCCCCGCUGAGCACUGUCCGCUUCCAGAGAGAGGGGAGGGAGCCCUGCUUGCCUGGUCCCAGCAGAACUCGGGUACGGGGUGUGAAGGGUCACUUUGAUGUUCCCUUGGCAAAUUAAAGUUUUAUUUUCAUAUGGAA